AUGAGCACGGCGGCCUCGCCCACGACUCACUAUCGCAUUACUCUUCGGCGCUCGGCCAUUGGCCUGCCUAAGCGGACAGGGCGCAUUGUGGAGGCCCUAGGACUGCGCAAGCGUCUUCAGAGUGUCUACCACCAGCAGUCCCCGACCAUCGCAGGCAUGGUCCUCGCCAUCAAGGAGCUGGUGCAUGUGGAAAACGUGCGUCAGCUUGAGCUACCUGGGACCGCCAGUCAGGCUCAGCCUGAGCUUAUCUGGGUCAACCAGGAUGGCGAAGUCGUUGACGCGGGACGCCUGGCUCGCAAAGCCCCGAAGGGCUUCAAGGUGGUGGGCAACCUCGUCAAUGAAGAGCGCGAUGCAGCUCUGCGUGCUGGGCGAGUGCCGUAA